AUAACGGCACACGCUACCAUGUCGGUGUGGUCGCUCGCCUUUCUGCUGUUUAUCAGAGGGUUUACUUUUUCUGCAGGAGGCGACUGUGAAGUGUGUGUGGACUUCCUCAACAGACUGUAUGGCAGUCUGACCUCAGCUCAUAGGGAACUCACCCCCUCUUUGGUGGAGGAGGAGCUGAUCCAGGCCUGCGCUGUCGCCCAGGGGAAGGAAGCGAGGCUGUGUUACUACCUAGGAGCCAGCAGUGAUGCCGCGACCCGCGUCACAGCAUCAGUAUCUCGACCUCUGGCCUCCCACGUCCCUGUUGAGAAGAUCUGCCAGCGCCUCAGCAGCAGAGACACACAGAUCUGUCAGCUCAGAUAUGAGCCUCAGCUGAAGGAUCUGAGCAGUGACGGGCUCAAAAAGCUGAGAGUCUUGGAGCUGAGGAACAUUUUAGCCUCAUGGGGAGAAGAGUGUCGAGGGUGUUUGGAGAAACACGAGUUUGUCAGCCUCAUUCAGGAGAAAGCACCGCUGCACAGUCACAGUAUGGAACUAUGAAUAGUGACUGGUAUUCUCUAAACCCACCCAUCCACACAGCAAAAAAAGUCAAAUUAUUCUUGUAUUCUCAUUUAUCUCACCUUAUUUCAUUCAUGUAAAGUCCACCUCCAGACAUGAACUGAAGGAUCAGUGUGUAGGAUUUAGAGGGAGGCCAGUUGCAGUCUGCAAUCCUUACCACUAGAUGCCACUAAAUUCCCCUAAAUCUUACUCACUGAACCUUUAAAGGCAGAUUUAUACUUGCUCUGUGCAGAGCCUACGCUGUGGCCUACGACAAUGUCAGCAUUUAUACUUGUGUGGUGGUGUGUCUGUGUCACUCCGCAGUUGCACCUCUAAAACACUGGUCUGUGGUGGCAUUUCUGUGAAGUACUGCAAAGUUUAGGUGAUUUGAAACACACCUAAAACACACAUUAAACAUAGCUUAAUAGAGACAGUUUCAAACCUAAACACAAUAAUCAGCUUCACUAUAACUCGCAGCAUUCACAGACAAAACACUUGUUUUUAUUGGACACAUUUUCCCCACAAAUACAACAUGCUAAUGUUUUUAGCACAAGUCUAUGGCAUUUUACAUUGUAAAAAUUUGCCUAGCAAUUAGCGGAGAUUUCUACUACCCAUAUGAAGCCAGGAUGAAUCACACACAGCUUCAUUUCCACUGAGGGAAAUGGUAUUCAGCUUACAAAAAUAGACAGGGGGCGGCAUGGUGGUAUGGUGGUUAGCACUCUCGCCUCACAGCAAAAGGGUUGCCGGUUCGAUCCCGGGCGUGGGAGCCCUUCUGUGCGGAGUUUGCAUGUUCUCCCCGUGUCAGUGUGGGUUCUCUCCGGGCACUCCGGCUUCCUCCCACAGUCCAAAGACAUGCAGAUUGGGGACUAGGUUAAUUGAUAACUCUAAAUUGUCCGUAGGUGUGAAUGUGAGCGUGAAUGGUUGUUUGUCUCUAUGUGUCAGCCCUGCGAUAGUCUGGCGACCUGUCCAGGGUGUACCCUGCCUCUCGCCCAAUGUUAGCUGGGAUAGGCUCCAGCCCCCCCGCGACCCUCAAGAGGAUGAAGCGGUUAGAAGAUGAAUGAAUGAAUGAAAAAUAGACAGGAGGUCUGUGUCUCCCCGAUGUGCAGUUACAUUUCUUGGGAGGAGCACAUCAGGCUAUGGCAUAGGUUACAGCCUUGAUUUGACACAGAAGUAUAAAUCCCACUUUAGUCAUACAUUUUCUAAAUUCCUUUAAAUCCCUUGCAACAUUUUGCUCAUCUCUAAUGUAAAGAUUAGAGCGCAUCCUGGGUAGUGGUAACUUCUGCUUCUGUGAUGCCAGAUGAGUCAUAAAAUCUAUUUCUGUCCUGUGAUAUUUCAAACUGAUUCAAUGACACAAACAAAAUAUUCAGUUCUUGUUUUCAUGAACUCAUUUGUUGCAGCAGUCAACCACCAGAGAGGCUUCUGACUACAGAAUCAAGUGUCAUGAACUUUUCCAAGCAUGUGAAAAUGUUGAAGGUGUAUUGUUGUUGGCUUUACACAGAGACCCUUGCUCUUACAACACACAGUGUAGGUGACAAUGACAAGGAUGAUGUAAGGUCCUGCUCAGGAUGCACAGUAACAAGAUAAUGUAACCAUUAAUAAAAGGCACACUUGAUAAACAGAACAACUGUACUCAUUUGCAUUAGUCAUAAAUUGUGAUUAGUGACAAGCUGUAUGCACUAAUGUUGUUUACCAGAUUGUGUAACCUUUUCCAGGACUGUCAACAUUUCACACAGUUUAAGGCAGGAGUGGUGUGACUAGAAGUCAAAGCUUGCAGGUCUGCUGUGGGUUUGUGGGUUAACCAGACCUCCUGUUUCAGGAUAUGUCACAAAGUUGUAGACAGCAGUAGACAAUACUUAAUGCUGUAAUGAAGCUACAUAUUCUGAAAUGUGAAUGCUUCACACACAUCUUCAACCCAUCACAGAAGAUCUAUCAGCACAGUUUCAAGAUUAUUGUCACAUGAUCAGUGUCUGCCCUUCUGUUCCUGAGGCAUGAUGUUAAAUAAUGGCUAGAACACAUUAUGCUGUCACAGUGAAGUUGUACUUUUGACCUUUCAGACAUAAACUGUGACCUCUUUAUCAUUUUAUCCUAUUAGACAUGUGUGAAUUUUGUCACAACUGGUGUAUGAAUUCUUGAGUUAUGGCUUUGUGAGGUCACAGUGACCUUUAAUCACCAAAAUCUAAUCAGUUUAUUUUUGAGUCCCCGUGGAUGUUUGUGCCAAAAGACCCACAAGGCAUACCUGAGAUACUGUUAUCAUGAGAAUGGGAAGUAUGGACAACCCAAAAACAUUCUCGCGCCGGCCACGGCUGUGAGUUCUAAAAAGUCUCUACCAAUUUACUUAGAAUCAAAAGAGGAACUCAUUGAUAAAAACAUUGUCAAAAACGCCAUAGGGUUUAUUUAACUUCCACAACUGUCAGCAUGUGCUUUGAGAUGCAUUAUAAAAAAUAUACACACAUGUGACCUCAGCGAGAGCAGCAUUUCCACCCUUUGUUCUGUUUUUAUGGCAUUGUAAUAAAAUCGAAGUAAUGAAAAUGAAACGAGAAAUCUUCAAUUGAAAGUA